AUGCGGCUGAUCAAUGUUCACUCUCUUAAGUUUACGGAGUUUCAUGACGAUGACAAACAUCCAAAGUAUGCCAUAGCAUCGCAUAGAUGGGGGGCAGAUGAAGCCAAAUUCAAGGACGUCGAGCAAGGGCGGAAGAAGGACUCACUUGGGUACAAGAAGGUUGAAGCUUUCGCCGAAUACGUGAGAGACAGGGUCCAAAACGUCGACUGGUUGUGGAUCGAUACAUGCUGCAUCAACAAGGAAAGCGCUGCUGAGCUGUCAUAUUGUAUUAAUUCUAUGUUCAGGUGGUAUCGCGAUGCAGAUAUUUGCAUCGCCUACCUUCCAGGUGUGGCAGCGGUAGACGAUUUGAACGCCUUCAAGCAAGAUGAAUGGUUUCAGAGAGGUUGGACAUUACAGGAGCUUCUGGCGCCACGUCUGGUCCUUUUUGUUACAAGGGAUUGGCAGAUCAUCGGUAACAAAGGAUCUUCCUACCACGAGUACAACAAAACCCCGACCGGACAAGACCUCACAGCAGAGAUCGCGAAGAUCACGAAAAUCCCGGAGUCGGUAUUGAGGGACUGGGGAACAAAUACGGAUGUCCGGAACGAGGACAAGAUGAAGUGGAUCGAGAACCGAAACACUACGGUAAAGGAGGACAUGUCAUAUGCUCUGUUCGGGAUAGUCGGAGUUACUCUACCCGUCAUUUACGGCGAAGGGAGCUGA